AAAGCUGCGCAUGCGCAGCGUGGUUAUCACUACACGGUAGCUGUUUGAGAUUCAGCUGCAUCGAAGUGAAAACAACUUAGAUCUUUGAAAUAAAGAGUUACCAGCGUGCAACUCUCCUUAAACCUGGUCCCUAUGGACAACAGUGUUGAUGGUCCUGAGCAAGAGGAACAGGAGAGUCCAUCAGCUCCAGCCAGAAAACAGUCUUCAGUUAUGGACCGUAACCCAUCUCCACCCCCGGAGAAGGCUGAUGGAGGGAAGGAUGAGGACGUGGAUGCCAUCGGAGACACUGUUUAUAGCAAGCACUGGCUUUUCAGCACCCUGACUCGCCUUAUUAAUGUGGUUACAGAGCAAUCAGAGGGCAACUCUGAAGGUCAGAUGAAGCUCUCUGAUGAUGAUGAGGAUGAUCUGUGUCGAGUCUGGGAUAUGGCCAUGGAUAAGGACGUGGCAGGUUUUCUGCAGGAAUUCAAAGCUGCUGAUAUCCUUCUCGGGGUGAUAGCCAAAUCGCGGUGUCCUCGCCUUACUGAGAUCAGUGUAGGAAUCCUGGGGAACAUUGCUUGUUUUCCUGAAACAUGUGCCACUCUCAGUCAGAAUGAAGACUUGGGUGCUGUGCUGUUGCUUCUUCUUGGAGACACAGAUCCCCCGACCAUUCUGGAAACCAGCAGACUGCUGCUGACCUGUCUGUCUCAGAAAGACGUCAGCUCUGUGUGGCUUCAGCGGAUACGACAACAGACAUCUGUGUGCUCCAACCUGUGUUUCAUCAUGUGCAGCUCCACCAACACGGAUCUCCUGGAAAAGGUUGGAGAGCUCAUCGACAAGUUGUUUGACCUUGAUGAAGAACUGAUGAAGAGCUGGAUCACAGCUCAGCAAAGUCAGGAAAAGGAGGAUGAUGAUGAUGAUGAUGAUGGAAACCAUCUAGACCUGACCUCGUGUCUCAUUGAGGCAGCUAAGCAGCUAAGGUCAGAGAGUCCCAGAGGCAUGGAGGGGUAUCUGCACAUCCUCCAGCUCCUCACCACUGUAGAGGAAGGCAUUCAGCUUUUUGCCGCCCCUGAUGGGCCGGGCAAGUCUGCGUGGAACCUGGUCUGUGACGUUGUGUGUGAAGACCUCUGUCAGUCGGACGAUCUUCCGGUGGUUUUGCAUGAGCAAAAAAGCAUUUUGGUCCAUGCGUUGUCUGUGCUGCAGGCGCUUUAUAGAUGUCAGGACCAGUGGUGCAGCAGCAGUGAGAAAAUUCUGCCUCUUAUUGGGACCAUGUUGAGGGUGUGCCAGCAGCAGAGCAAGUGCAACGAGGAACCCACAAAUGAAGAUGAUGCAAAAAAGGAGCAGCAGCAGACUAUUUCUGACAUCACAGCUGAGUUUUUGGCUGACCUGGUCAUUCACAUUUCUAAGGACAUGGUUAUAAAUUUGAUAGAUAAAGGUUUUCUGACACAGAAGACUUGCCUCACAGCUGCCGCCUGUUUACUACCUACAUUUCAGACUUCAUUUCAGCACCUACAGACCAUGUUGUCAGAGGCAGAUCCCCAACUGGCAGACGUGAUGAGGGCGCAGUUUCCUGUCUGAGGCUCCCUGCAGAUCUUUUUCAGACUCCCACCACAGCUUUUUAUAGCAGCCAUAAUUUCCUCUCCCAAGAUCACACUGCAUUUUAGAGUGUUUGCCUUUCCAUUGGAAAGACACCUUCUCCAAUGUUAGACUUAAUUAUUGUAAUUGUAAUAAUGAGGACAGACUCUGCACCUAGGUUUAUAAAAUGUAUAUAAAGUUUUUUUUAUAUUUCUUUAUUGUUUACAGUAUGAUAUUUUUGUACCUGGUCAUUAAAAGUAUUUUAUGAAAAAUAAGUGCUUAUGAUCUUUUGUUUAAUCAUUGAUACUUUGGUAGGGCACAGAUUAAAAGCAAACACAG